ACAAGGCUGCGGUACAUCUUAUCUCGGCCAAAUCGCCAGAUAAAAUCCUACUGUUCCAUCUCGCUAUUCUCCCACGGCGCCAUUUAUACGGCGUUGAGUUCUUCUCUCUCUAAUGCCGCCGUCGCCGCCUCCGUCUGCCGAUCGCCGGUUUCCAUGGCUUCCCCUUCGUCCCUGAUCGAAGAUCCCUCUUCUCCCUCCCUCCAAAAUGGUGCCGCAGCGGAGCGCCGCCUCCGCGAGGCCGAGGAGAGGCUGAAGGAUGCCAUCGAGGAGCUACAGCUCCACUACGCACGACGUGGCGGCGGCGGUAGAGGAUCCGUAGAAGGAGAACAGCCGGAGUGCGACCAUGCCAACGAGUCAUGUGUGGCUCACGCCAUCGGGAACCUUUGCCAGACCUUCUUGCUUUCCUAUGGGGUUAGGGUUGGGAUUGGCAUCCUCCUCCGCGCCUUCAAACUCGCUCGCCGACGCUCUUAUUCCUCUAUCAUUGAUCUCAAGCAACUUGUUUCUGAGAAGGACUUGAUAGUGAGAGAGGAAGCAUGCCGUAUUGGUUUCCUUUUUGGUGGCUUUACUGGGUCCUAUCACGCUCUACGUUGUUUCUUAAGAAAGUUCAGGAGGAAAGAAACGCCAUUGAAUGCAAUCUUAGCAGGUUCUGUUGCUGGCUUGUCUAUAUUGGCGUUAGAUGAUUCAAGUAGGAGACGCACUCUUGCUUUAUACCUUGCGGCUAGGCUUGCUCAGUGCACAUAUAAUUCUGCAAAGUCAAAGAAUAAAUUUCAUCUUUGGGGAAGCCACUGGAAGCAUGGAGAUUCAUUGCUCUUUUCUCUGGUCUCUGCUCAGGUCAUGUACGCCUUUGUAAUGCGGCCUGAGAGCUUGCCUAAGGCAUAUCAGGAUUUUAUUCAGAAGACAGGACCUGUUGAAGAGUCUGUAUAUAAGGCUGUGAGAGACACUUGUAGAGGUUCUCCGGUGGAUGUUAUUUCUCUGUCUGCUUACCUGUCAAAUAUAAAGGGAUCCAACAAUUUAAACUUGACUGAAUAUCCUUCCAUAAUACCUUGCUCUAUAAUUCAUCCCAACAGUGAUUCUUGUAUAGCUCAUAAUGCUGCAGCUGCAUCAUUAACUUUCAGGAAGACUUUUCCACUAUACUUUUCACUGACAUUUGUUCCAUUUGUUGUUCUCCGUCUUCAAAAGUUUCUUAAGGCUCCUAUGCAGACCAGUUGGAUUGCUGUUCUUGGUGCUGUCCGCUCCACAUCUUUUCUAUCUGCUUUUGUUGCAUUAUUCCAGGCUGUUAUAUGUUUGCACCGAAAGGUGGCAACUAAAGAUCACAAACUUGUAUAUUGGAUUGCUGGAGCAUUUGCUGGACUCUCCGUGCUUCUUGAAAAGAAGGGUAGGAGAUCUGAAUUGGCAUUGUAUGUUCUUCCACGGGCUGGAGAUUCUUUGUGGUAUAUCAUAGUAAAUCGCCACUUGCUACCUAAUGUGAAGAAUGCUGAGGUUGCUCUCUUUUGCAUGUGUAUGGGUGGAAUAAUGUAUUUCUUAGAGCAUGAACCAGAAACUAUGGCUCCACUUCUCAGAGGUCUCAUUCGUAGGUUUCUAGCAAGCAGAAUCACCAAUCCAAGCCCACCUUCCAAACGGAGUGCUUCGUAUUCUUAUUUGCAGACUCUUGGCUCAAUCGACAACUCCAAACUUAAAGAGGUGGUGGAAAAUGAAGCUACAAUGUCGGCAAAAUACAACCUUGAAUCAAUCCCUGGUUUAUAGGUAUUUCAAUUUCUAGUCUUUCUGUAGCAAAAUGGGUCUGGAUUCAUACUCUUUAAUAUCAAAUUGAGCUGAAAUUUAACAAAAUAACUCACGCCGGAUAUUCUUAAAUUGAAUGUUGUAUUAUUAAACUUCAUUAUCAAAUUUCUUCAUCAUAUAAUUUUUUUAGUGA